AUGCCUACGUCUGCAGCUGCUAUCCGAACCCGAUCAUGCCAGCCCACAGACAGCCAGCCACCCAGCAACAACCACCCACACGCUUGUCCCAACCACUACCAGGCCCAUCCAGGACAGGACGAACAGCUUCAAUCUGACUCAACCAGAUCGACUCAUGAACCGAACGACAUCCAUCAUCCUCACAUGACUCCCUCAGCUGGAUUCCUCAACCAUCCUUACCCAUUCCCUCUCGACCACCCGUCGGAUACUCCCUAUCAUCCCCAUGAUAACCAUCUGAUUCUCUCGCCCUCCGAUCAGAGGUGUAUGAUGGCCCCACCCGGUGAGAUCGCCCCAGAACCAUCCUCAGAUACCUUUUUUGCUUCACACAAAGCUCAUCGCUCUUUCCGAGGCGUAGUUGAAAAAUUUCAUCAAAACCCUCAGAACUCUCAAUUCGAUCAACCCUUUGAUUCAACCCAAUGGACUCAGUGGCCACCCCAAAAUGGCCAUGCGAAUCCGACGAGCGCCUUGGAUAAACGCCAAGACGUGGAUCCACAACCGUCAACUGGUCCGGACUCUGCUCCCAAGAGUCAAGCCAUCCACCAACCAACUGCCCCGUAUCGUACACGCUCCCUCGUCCAUCGUCUCGUCAAUCAACCCGAUCCUGCUGAAUCCAAACCCCCAGGCCAACUUUCCGAUUCUUCGACUGCCCAACCAUUUUUUUAUGACUGUCUUUCUUCCUCUCAAUUUGGCUCAUCUCGCUCAGCCGGCCAUUUGAACUCAACCUCGAUUGGCUCUGCUCAGGAUCUCCGAUCAGUGCUGAACAAGGACGAGCACCCAGCGGAUUCCCGACGGAUCCAGUCUACCUUCGACUCUCAUCGUAGUAAGGAUGGACUUCCGAGUAACAGUCAUCACCUUUUGAACAGCCCUGAGCUCAAGACCGCCCAGAUCAACCAAAACCCCCGGGAUAGCGUGAUCCACGAUACGCAAGGCAAUCAACCCCAGGCAGGCACGGGUACAGACUCACAACCCCAACCAAAUACUAAUCAGUUGACCCAACAUGCCUUGAAGUCUACCAGGGCUACUGCCCCUAAACGAACAACCCCCCAAAAAGGCAAGGCAAGCUCGAAUCACCACUUGGAGCCUAACUCUGCCGACCAGCCAAAUCAUCCACCCUCCGAAGAUGCGGCUUCAAUCCUUUUGACCUUAUCUCGCCACGAACCCCCAAAGCAUGGGAUGUCUCUUAGACGUGGCCGUGGUGGCGCUAGCUCGCGUGCUGAUUCCCAGCCAAACGAUCCAUCUGAUCCAACACCACAGCUACCCCCAACCCCCAACGAGCCUAGGUAUAGAACUCGGAGUCAAAUGAAUGAGGAGGCUCAACUAGACGAUCAACGCUUCCACCCAAACCCACCCUCAGUCCCAAUCUCUUCCCAACAUCCUGACGGCCACCAUCUCGUCGAUUCCUCCGGUAUCGGUAACGGCCAAUCUCAUUCUGUGCCGUCCAGUCUUGGCUAUGGAUUCCCGACGGGUCACAAUCAAAGUUUAAUAUCGGUAUCCGCCUCAACUAGCGCCUCUACUUGUACCUCACGUUCCAACACUGGUGAUGGGUCGGCACUUAAUAUUACCCCUGGGCAGGAGUCGACUUUCUCUCUUUACAGCCUAGUUAGUAAACCGCAAACCAGUUUUAACGGGCGAUUUCACUUCAAGACAUCCGCAGUCUCUACUCCAAUGAGUAUGACACAUUUCAGUGCUGCCACUUCAUUGGUUCAUGGUAGUGGUGCCAUGAUGGAUGAUGACGCCAAGAGCUCCUUUUCGAUUUCUACUCAAGCAACCAGUCUGAUCUCUCCGCCCGGAUUCUUCACCCGUCGAACGUUCCCUCCAGAGGUCCCGAUCGACCCCCACUUUCCACGCCUUUAUCGAUCAUUCUAUGUAUCCAGUGCUUUUGGGGACCGAGAACCAAUCAAGUCACAGGCCGAGUCCUACAAAAUUCGGGUUAUGAAGACUCCCCCAAACAGUAAUUUCAACACUCCUGCGCAUGGAUAUCUUGAUUUAUACACCCCUCGUUACGUCAAAGGCGUCGGUGCCGAAAAGCUGGGCCUAUGCUGCAUCUGUGCUGAACCAAAAGAUCGAGGAGGUCGGGACACAGAGUUGUGGCUCAAGAUGAAAGUUAGCAGCUAUUCGUAUCAUCUGAGCUUUUUUCACGGCAUCAACAACGCCGACGGCUUGCCAUUUUCGCCACCGGUCGAAAUCAGGCUUGUCAAACGCUGUCAUGUGGCAGCAAACGAAAAACUCGAGUUGAAAGAAGGUCGAUGUCACCAGUGUAACAAGUGGGUCCCGAUGGAAGGAGUCAAGAUGCAAGAAGUCAAAGUGCCCGAGCUCUUUUGGUGGAAGCAUGCUAAAAGUUGCCACAAGUCACGCCUGGCUGGUGAAUGUCAUGUCCAUAUACCAGAUGAAGUUUUCGAUCUGGUUACCCGACAGCAGCCUUACAAUGGCUCUGGUGGCUACUUGCCCGUUUCAUCAUGUUCGACACCCUACUCCUACUACGGCUCGAAUGACUCGCCCUAUGCUUCUCGUUAUCAUCCCGCCUCACCUGCGCCGACGUGUGCUUCGAGUGUGUCCCAGUCAGGUGGAAGCAGAGUUCAUCCUUCAGUUGCCGCUCAACGGGCUAGUGCCGGCCGUGUUUACAAGCGGAAAGCCAGCAGCAGUAGUCUCAGCGGCAAACGGAGAGCUGAUAGUAUCGCUGGCGAUCCUUCUGAUUCCCCUCAAGGAUCUAACUGGCAGCCUUUGUCGCACUCCGUCGGUACCGCGGGCUCGAUCAAUUCAACCCAGUCUAUCCACCAGCAUUUCGCCCAACAACCGCAAUCUCCAACGCCCACUCAGCCAGCGCAUCUUAUCCCCCACGGACGCAAGACUCGUCGGUCUAAUAUGUUGAGCUAG